GACUGAUAGGUGUCACUUGUAGAUCUUAGGUGGACACUGGGACAUAUCUCAUCUCCACAACCACAUGGACCUGAACCCAAGUCAUCCACCACAAAUUGCUUCCCUUCAUAUCUUCAUCCUCUUGGUCUAUAUAUAUAUGACUUUGGAUUCCCCAGGCCACAAGCACAGCUUCCGUAUCAACCCUUCUCUCUAAUAAAUAACUUGGAACCACCAAAGCUACAAGCACGCAACAAAUAUGGCAGGUGUGUUCUGUGUCAGGGGUUCAAAGGUUCGGUCAUGGGAAAGAUGUUCCAAGCACAUCAGGCAGCAGAGGACUCGGCUUUACAUAAUCUGGAGAUGCACUGUGCUGCUCUUGUGUUGCCAUGACUAGGCAGAUUAUCAGAGCUUGGUGGCACUCAUUGUUGCAGAAUGACUCUCGGUUAGAACUUUCGCUGAGCGCAGAGUGUGCAUCUUUCUCUGAAUCUGAAGUUCCCACUUUUGCUGGCUAACCAAACCGAUACAGUCCGCAAUAAAACUGAACUCUAGCUUGUAUCAUAUAUAUACCCUUUUGUUUUUUUUCUGGAGGGAGAUUGGAGAAAAUCAAUGGUGACGUGGUUUUUUUUCUUUAGGAGAAAGAAGAACUAGCUGAAGCUGCUGAAUAUGUACAGUCCAGAUUAGCAUAAAAAGUUGAAAGAAAGCUAAUAUUUCAAGUUUAA